AUGUUAUCUCUGUUGAGAUUGUUGUGUUUUUACGCACUGGGACUGGGCUAUGGGAAGCUUGUGCGUGGACAGGAUGACAACCCGGAUCCUGGAACCCGGUUCCUAUGCCGAGCCAUCGCCGUUGGCGCCGACACUUGUUUGGUCCCCGUAGUUCCGGAACCAAACCCGGCGGCUCAGGAGGAAGUGUUGGGGAACACAGUCAUGCAGCUCCGGGAAACGGUUCUCCAACAGAAAGAGACGAUAGUCAACCAACUUGGGACCAUAAACGAGCUGACCACCAAGCUCUCCAUCUGCGAGUCAGCCUCUGAGGAAGGGAAGUAUGAUAGUGGUGGAUCUUGGAGUAAAGACAAAAAUAAUCAGAACACAAUGGGAGAUGUACCCAGAGAUCCCAAUGAUACAAUCGACAACCUCGGGAAGACCAUGCAGAGUCUGAAGGACCGACUGGAGAACCUAGAGGUAAGGCGCGGGACAGUAACCAUAAAUUACUCUUUGGGUACUAAAUCAUGGAAAGGGAGUGCUGAAAAUUAUCGUUAUCAGUGUGACUUAAAUACAUCUGAAAUAGGCCUAAUGUUGUUUUAAAUUGUCUGCUUAUUACGUCAUUGAAUCCAAAGUGGACGCCUGUUGCUGUGGUCAACUUUAAGUGGCCAUUAAUUUUGCUCCUAUUUUGGCCUGCAGCCUAUAUGAUUCUAUUUUUGCAACAAUGUGGAGGCGUACCCUAAAUGGAUUAGCCUUCUAUCUCCUUUAUCCUCCAGUGAUUCAGUUCCCUAUGUCACGCUACUCAACAAAUGUCAUAUCACCUCUUAAUAGUAACAGCUCAUUCAAAUGACCAAGGAUAUGAUGUGUUUCUAUAGAUAUUUAGCUCUCUUACAGAGCUAUGUUUCAUUCCAGAUCAAAAUACAAUUUCAGUAAAUCCAAUCCUAGCUUGUAUAAGUGUAGUACCAUCUGUUAGCUUAAAGAGCUUCCCGGACCACAGGUAAUCCACGUUAGGCCAUGCAGUAAAAGUACAUUAGGAACCAAAUGCAUUACGGUAUCAAGCUCAACCACACAGUAGAAGGUGUUUAAGCUCAUUAUGCAUUAACAGGCUUAGGAAACUGGUGAGACAAUUGGAGAGAUCCAAUGUUCUCCAUGAGUUACAAUAAAGGGGCCAGAGUUUUCCCUAGUCAGGUCAUGUGGCCAGGAAAACAACUCCUGGGCCUUCUGAUAACAUACUAGCCUACACACAGUGUGGGGGAUUUCCACUCAGCCAAUGAUCUUUGAAAAUUACACACAUUAAAAGGUGACAAAUAAAAGAGACAGGAAGCAGCACAUCUCAGACAUCAAUACAAAUUGACCUCUGACGUCUAUCAACCUCCACAGACUGUCUGCGUUAACCUCCACUAAUUGUAUGUGACCAUCUUGUAUUGUCUCCACUUAUUUAAUUGUCUUGUGACGUCUCCAUCUUGUCCCCGCAGCAGCAGCAGAGAGCCAACACGUCGGGAGCGUUGUUCCCCAGCGAGCUGAGAGACCUGCUGCAGCGCAGGCUGGGAGACCUGGAGAAACAGCUGCUCAGUAAGGUCAACAACCUAGAGGAAGAGAAGUAUCUGCUCUACAACGAGACCACAGCCCACAGGCAGAAGACAGAGAGCGCCCUCAACUCCCUGCUGACCAGGAUCAAUGAGCUGGAGAAAGGUUAAUCACUGCAAAAGGAAAGAUAUGACAGAGACACACAAGGACACAUACAGACAUACUCACGCACGCACAAAAGUAUGUCUGUGUACACAAUCAGAUGACAGUAGUACACACCUGCAUCACAAACAGGGAGACUCACACAUUGUAAACACAAUGAGUCAUUCAUUCAUUCAUUCAAUCUACUAUCAACUAUCCCACUAACUGACCCAAUCACUGCCGCUCACUUACUGUACCCCACUGCAGUAAAUGACUGAGGCUUUAGAUCAAAUCUGACAAACAUUGGCUUAUCAUUUUGUUCUCGUACUGUGUAUAAGUAUAGAGGUGACUUCAUAGACAACUCUCCCAUUGUUCUCUCUGUAGGUGGCGGUGGGUUCAAGUCCCCCGAGCAGUUUAAGCUUGUCCUCCCUCUGCGUACUAACUACCUGUAUGGCCGCAUGGCCAAGAGCCUUCCUGAGAUGUACUCAUUCACGCUGUGCAUGUGGCUGCGGUCCAGCGCCGGCCCUGGCAUAGGCACCCCGUUCUCCUACGGGGUGCCAGGACAGGCCAAUGAGAUUGUGCUCAUCGAGUGGGGCAACAACCCCAUAGAGCUGCUCAUCAAUGACAAGGUAAGGGCACUCUAAAUUACUCAAGGAUUCAUAGUGAUUCUUAGUAUUGCUGAUCUUUGAGGGAGAGCCUAUCGUUAUUGACAGGAGUCUUGGUUCUUGGUUUUAAAUUAGAUCUUUAAUGAGGUUGCUGAUUUGUAGUUUUAUACCAGCUUUACCAAAUCCUAACCUUCCUCCCUCUAAUGUGUAUUUCUCCUUUCUGUUUGUAAGCAUCUGUACCUACCUUACACUCCUCUCCUAUGUUACCUGUCCAGGUGGCUCAGCUGCCUCUGUCGGUGGGUGACGGGAGGUGGCAACACAUCUGUAUCACCUGGACCACCAGGGAUGGUCUGUGGGAAGCUUACCAGGAUGGUCAGAAGCUGGGGGCAGGGGACAACCUGGCCCCCUGGCACCGCAUCAAACCUGGAGGAGCCAUCAUACUGGGGCAGGAACAGGUGAAGCUGCUGACUAGCACCCCCUAUCUGUAGGAUACACAAUUACAUUUAAAGUAAAUGAACAUUGUUUAGAGAAAGUACAGUAGAGACCAGUUAUUAGGUUGAGUGAGUCAGGCUCAUCCUGGUGGUCCACAGCGAAUAGGAGGAUGAUGUUAUUGUUGUUGUUUUUAACGAGGCCUGUCAUUUAUGGCCUCAACAGGACAUGGUGGGCGGGCGCUUUGACGCCACACAGGCCUUUGUGGGUGAGCUGAGCCAGGUUAACAUCUGGGACAAGGUCCUGAAGCCAGCCGACAUCCUCACCAUGGCCAACUGUUCCUCCUACACCCCCGGGAACGUGGUGUCCUGGCUGGACAGUGAUGUGGAGGUGUUUGGAGGAGGAGCAGCCAAACUGCCUCUAGAGAUAUGCCAGGACCGGCUGUCUGAGACUGAGUCUUAG